UUGUGGUAGAACAAGGAGGAGCUAUACUGACUAAAGCAUUUUAAUGCUUCAUUUAAAUGUGUACCUUGCCCCCUCACAAAGCCCAGGGCUCGGCCAGCAGUAUCAUGAGAUUCACCGCAGAGCCAACGGAUGCCCCAGAGUUACCGAAGAAGUUCACCUUCAACCCGAAAGAAGGGAUUGACAAUCCUGCUUUAGUGAUCUCUGACGACACAGAGCCUGAUGUGCAUCCGCGGAUUUGUGUUCUGAAGCGGGAAGAGGGACAGGGCUUCGGCUUCUACCUGAGUAAAGACGGUGGCUCCAGGGGACACGUGGUGCGUCAGGUGGAGCCUUGGAGCAGUGCAGAGCGGGGUGGGCUGAAGAAGGGGGACCGCAUUUUGGAGGUCAAUGAGGACUUUGUGGAUGACAAGGAGCACUCGACUGUGGUGCUGAAGGUGCAGGCGUCUGGGCUGAAGCUAUAUCUAUUAGCUCUGAGUGCUCAGGAUUAUGAGUUUGCAGUUUCAGAAGGAAGAGACCUCAUGUCGCUCGCCAGCGCUUACCGUCCUAUAGAGGGCUGUUCUCGCCCACGGUUGUGUUACAUCACUAAAGAUCCUGGCAGAGGCUUGGGCCUCAACAUCAUUCCUAUUGAAGGUGAGCGAGGCCGUUAUCGUCUCAGCCCAGUGACUGAUGGUCCAGCUGAGAAAGCCGGAGUCCAGAAUGGAGACAGGCUGAUCUGGAUCAAUGGAGCUAUGAUUUCAACACUCAGUUAUGCAGCACUGUCAAAAAUGGUGAAGAAAUGUGAAGAUCAUGUGACUGUCUUGGUAAUUGACAGCAGGAGUGAAGCUUGUUAUAAUCGCAUGGGGUUACCCAUAAUACCUGCUUUUGCCAAAACACAUAAUCUACCUCACAGACCAAAAACACUACACCUGACUCAAGGACCACAAGGAUACGGGUUCCUCCUAAGGCAAGAGAAGUUACGAUCUGGACGUAUUGCUCAUGUGUUACGAGAGAUCGACCCCUGCAGCCCAGCUGAGACUGUAGGAAUGGAGGAAGGAGAGCUUGUGUUAGCGGUAAACGGGGAGCAGGUGGAGGAUGCAGAGCAUGAGGGCAUCGUCAGCAAAAUAAGGCAAAGCGGCCAGCAGGUCACCCUAACCACCAUCUCCAUUCUUGGCAGAGACUAUUACACACAGCUGGGUAUUUCUCCAUUGCUGUUCUAUGAAGACCAUAUUCCAAAAAGGGAACAGUUUCCUGAUCCUCCUUCGUCACAUCAAGAGGGACAUCAAAAUCCACCACAGUCUCGACUUUGUGUGCUUCACAAGGAGGCUGCGGGAUACGGCUUCAAUCUAGGCUGUGUUCAGAAUAAGCCUGGAGCGUAUAUUGGUCAGGUGAUGACGGGGAGUGCAGGAGAGAGAGCGGGGCUGUUUGAGGGAGAUGUUGUUGUAGAGGUGAAUGGACAGAAUGUGGAGGAAGAGUGUUUUGAUGAAGUGGUGAGGUUGAUAAAAGAGGGAGGAACUCCUCUCAGUCUUCUAGUCAUGGAGAGACUCGGAUAUGAGAAACGGAGAAAUACCAGACAGCCUGUCCCCGAGGCAUCACAGGAUGAUUUUGUAUAAAUCAAUAUAUACAGUCAGGUAAAACAUUUUGUUAAUUUCUUAAUUUAACAUUUAAAACGAGCAACUACUUUAUUAACAUUUAUAAAGAUUCUUGUAUAUAUUGCAAAAAUAUUGACAAAAGGGUAACAUUUUGUCAGUAACCACAUUUAUUAUUCAAUCAGUGUCAUUAUUUAAUGCAACCAAAACAAAUACAAAUACAAAAUGUAUUAAACAAUUUGAGUACAAAUGUAAUAUAAAGAUUAUGAUAUCAUAGAGAUGUCUACAGUCAGGUAUGAAGUGAUUUAUAUUUUUGUAAAGUAUGAAAGCAUAUUAAAACCUCAAAUAUCUGAAAAUCUGUUUACACCACAUCCUGGAAAACUGUAUGUAGAGAUGUGAUUUCAUGUUCAAGAUAAAUCAUUUGUAAGAUGUGUA